AUGUAUAAUGAACCAGUUGCGAUCAAUCUUCCGUUACAAGCUGCUAAUGAAACUGAAACAAAAAUAGAUGAAGAUCCACCUCCGUAUCAAAAUCCGCAACUUGAUUUUAGUGGUGGAUGGAAAAAUCAUCGCUUUGCCAUUUUCUUCUGGAUUCAUACGAUUGCUGUCAUAUUAGUGAGCAUCAAACUAGGCAUACCCGCUAUAGCUCCCUAUAUCAAGCAUAAUGCAUUCGGUAAAUCAGAACAAAUGUCUUCCAAUCGUGACAUCAAACCAUUAUUGUGCGGAUUGGGUGGUGCAGCAACGGUUGGUGGAUUAGUCUCUUUUCUCAGUUUUAUUGCUCUACAAUUAUGUGCUGUUACAUUUGGAAAUAUUAUUCAUUUUAUAACAGCAUGUUCUAUCGGUCACUGGUGGUUUCCUAUUGAAGUUAGUCAACAAUAUACAAUCGGAACAAGUAUUAAACGAGCAUUUACGACAAAUUUCGGAACUAUUUGUUUUGGUUCAUUUUUUGAAGCUAUAAUCAAAGCUCUAAGUUCUUCUACUAAGGAACAUCGUCGAAAGAGUAUUCUAUCGUGUAUUUUUGGAUGCAUUCUUCAAAUGAUUGAUGACUGUAUUGGUUAUCUCAACGAAUGGGCAUUUAUUUAUGCAGCACUUACUGGUCAAGGAUUUGUUCAAGCUAGUCGAAGUUUUCUCACGUUAUUUCAAGCACGUGGUUGGACAGCGAUUAUCAAUGACAGUCUCGUCGGAACUACAUUAUUCAUGAUUAAUUUCGUAAUAGGUGUCAUUUCCGCUGUUGCCGGAGGUUUUAUCGCGUAUUUUAUGAUGGUUGAAUCGACAGAACAAAUUCGAUUUACUAUUAUUAUAGUUUUGAUUAGUUUUUUCAUCGGUUUAUGCAUGAGUACAAUUAUCACAACAAUUCUGAAAUCGUGUGUUCGCACAAUAUUCGUUUGCUUUGCUCUCAAUCCAGCAGCAUUAGGUGCAACACAUCCUGAUCAUUUGCAAAGUUUAACCAAAGUUUGGCAUGAAGUCUAUCCACAAGAAUUCUCUGAUAGUGGUUACAUUAAUCCAUAUAAAGAAACAAUGGUAUAG